GUUGCUAAUAGAAGUAUAGUGAAUAGAUGACAAUUAAAAUGACGGUAUACAGCGCUAGUUACACCCAAAACGUUUUAAUUUAUGGGAUUGACAAGCCUAGAUGAGUUUACGGGCUAAAAAGACAAACACGUGCGGGUUUGUUUACCCGCCCAGGUUGCUCCAGUUGCUUCGCUGCGCGUUAACGAGAAGUUCCUAUGUUUUCGUUCAAAUUUUAGGAGAAGGGGAGGAUAAAACAGGCCAAACAUGCCCUACAAGCGACUCGUCCCACCGACCGACUCCGCGCUCAUUCAGUGCAGCGACCACUACGUGAUGCCGCGCCUGUCAAGUGCGCGAGACUACGGCACCGCAACGUUGAUGUUUCUGACCCGGUCGAAAGAGGCGUACACGGCUUCUAGCGUGCUGGAGGCGUUGCGGGAGGUCGUCGAUCCCUCGCUAAUCGUUCAGAUGGGACCCUUCGACUGCGAUCACAUCUGGUUGGUGAGGUUCUCGCUUCCCGCGGCCAGAGAGAAACUUCUGAGCGCCAAAGAUGUCAAGUGCGACGGUCAGCCAGCGUUCUGCGUCCAACCGCUGGUCGAGCACUCGCUCCACAGAGGCAGGUGCGUCGAGAGCGGAUUGGGUUGGUCAUGCGGAGCGAGGCAUCCAGAUUACUGGCUUAGGAUCCUGGAUGUCCCUUUUUCGGACUCUGCAGGCAGUUGCGUCUCGUGCACGCUGACAAGGUCCUACUGUUGGGACUGCGACGUGGUUGGUCCGCGAUACGAAGAGUCCAUAGUGGGGACGGAGGGGGAUGACCUUGAGGACGACCUUGAGUUGAGGGCCAUUCAGGAGGAAGAGGCUCUGAUGGCCGAGAUGGGACUUCCCGUGGCCUUCAAGUCCUCCAGCAGGGGGAACAAGAAGGGCAGCAAUCAGUUUGUGAUGCCGGACGAAGAAGACGACUUCGACGCCGGCGAACCGGGCGCGACGGUCGCCGCCACCGACUACGAGUGGCAAAGCUUCUGGCAGCAGAAUAGUGAUCAGCUGGUCUGGCAAUCCUGGGUGCAAAAGUACAGGGACUACAUCUGUCCGGAGUACCUCAAAGACACUCAAGACAACAACCAGCAUGAGCCAUUGCAGGUCUUUGGGACACCUUCGAACCCUAGAGACAGCAGUAUCCCUUCGCAAAACAAGACAGACGAGAAGGAAGACAUCAGCGCUAAGCUCUUGCCAGAUCAAUGUAACGGGGUUAUCGGUGAUGAAGCUUGUUCGGUCGGACAUCCCACCGCCCCCGAAGACGGACGGCACGACCGUGGAAACGAAGAUGAAGCACGUUCGGGUGUCGAGAUCCUUCCGGAACAAGGGAGCAAUGCUUCGACCGACUCAGCUGGUGAACACCCGAUUGUUGCAGACUCGGAGUUUGUGUCCGUGGAAUCAGCGCCGGCGGCGGAAGCGGUUGGGUCAGACGACAAGCUGUGGAAAGAGCUCUGGGACAAGCAUUACGUCGAGGUUUACAACCAGUACUACGGCAUCUUUGUUCAGAGACAGCCCGAACGGAUGAGCCCUUUCGCUUCCGAGCCAAAUGUGGCGGUUCAAGGAGACGAAAGCUUAGCAACCGGAGAAGUUGAAUGUCGCGAUUCCACUAUUGAAGGUGUGUUAGAGAACGCGUCUGAGGCCACGGUCUGGAACAAAGAAAGAUCAGCGAAGGAAUUUGAAGACGGAGUCUCCGAGGACGCCUGUUGCGAUCGGGUUUCUGGGGACGAGGGGAACGGGGUGGGCGUUGAGGAGGAGGUUGAAGCGGUGCCCGCGGUCGAGGAGGGGCACGACCUUGAACUCAUGAAGCGAAUGGGCCUCCCCGUGCAGUUCUCGUCAGGCGGCCAAAGGAAGCGACCCAAGAAGAAAAAGAAGGCCAAACCUGGCCGAGCAGUGUCGGGCGGACCUUGGACAUGGGAGGCUUAUUGGGAGUGCCACAAAAGACGUCUGCUCUGGGAGGCCUGGACGGACACCUACCCGGAGUUCCUGGAGCCCACCUUUGCCGCCUCCGUGCACCUGAAUACUGCAGUGCUGAAUUCACCACGAGCCGGCUUCAACGGUGCCUCGGGAACAUGCAGAGAUACGGGAAAAGCAGAGUCGUCGUCGUCGUUGGACACAACCAGCGUUCCCACCAGCCCCAGGAAGGACAGUCUCUGGCAAUACCUUUGGGACACACAUUGCACGGCCGUCUACUCUCGUGAGCUCAAGCUGUACUUGCAACAAACUUCUCCAGAAGGUGCCCCUCUGGGAGACGAUCCGAGACGGCUGGGCGACCAAGUUGGUGGGAAGAGUAACGAUGUCGAAGGACAUGGCUUCAACAAGGGUGACGGACCUGUAAAGGAGACGGGAAACGGUGGCGACGGCAAUGGCACGAAACAAAAAGACAGCACGGCUCCAGAGGGGAGUGCAGGGUCGGGUAUGAUGGCCAGCAACGCAUCGGCGGCAGGAAAUCUGCCGAGCCACUCCAACGGAACAGGCGCCGGAGCCUGCGGCGGCGGGGACGACGAUCCACCCGACGAGAUGCCCAUAAAAAUUAAGAAAAGUCACGAGGAGGAUGCAAACUCAGACGAAGAAGAGGCAUUCAAAGCAUUCCUCUCCUACGGACUGGCUCUCAAGGAAAGUUUGAGGAACUUGAAGGGCGGUCCCACAGGAGCCACGUCUCACGUCCCUAGCCGGAAGAAGCGCCGGAGACUUCGGAAGCAGGGGCAUCCGCGGCAAGGCGCCCCGUCAUCCGCAGAAGAGAGUGCCGGAGGACAUGAGUCUCAAAUGGACGUCCCGAGUUACAUUCUUGAAAGACCGCAUCUCAAGAAGUACUGGGCUCAGCGGUACCGGCUCUUUUCCAAGUUCGACAAAGGCAUUGAGCUCGACGAAGAGUCAUGGUUCUCGGUGACUCCAGAGGGCAUAGCCAAGCACAUUGCCAAGCGGUGUCAGAGCGACAUCGUGAUUGACGCCUUCUGCGGGGCAGGUGGCAACACCAUCCAGUUUGCACUCGUCAGCCGCCUCGUGAUAGCGGUGGACAUCGAUCCGAAGAAAAUCGAGCUGGCCCGCAAGAAUGCGGCCGUGUGUGGAGUCCUCGACAAGAUCCAGUUUGUGCUCGGGGACUUCCUGGAGCUGGCCCCCCGGCUGCGGGGGGAUGUGGUCUUCCUCAGCAUGCCUUGGGGGGGCCCGCAGUACCUGCAGAGCGACUCCUUCGACCUCCGGCACAUCCAGCCGGACAUAUUCAAGACGUUUGUUCUCUGCCAAGGGAUUACCAAAAACAUUGGACUCCUCAUGCCGAGGAACACCAAUGCCGACCAGCUUGCAGAGCUGGCCGGUCCGGGUGUGAGGGUUGAGAUUGAGCAGAACCUGCUCAACAACAAGGUCAAGACCAUCACGGCCUACUACGGGGACCUGGUGGUCGGCUGAUGACCUCGCCCUGACCCAAGGGGGAUGGGAUGCUCCAAACUCGUUUGUUGUUUCCACGUUUGUUGUGUUUACGGUCUCUUGGAAUGUAAGAACUGAAGCAGAGGCCCUGCCUUAAGAUUUUUGGAGAGAAACGGUGUCAUUACGAGUGCACCCUUUUUAUGCUGCUGAAAAAGGAAAGGAGUCUGCACUUUUUUUUUUCUCCGAAGUAUGCAAAGCUGUGCCUCAUGGCCAACAUCCCUUGGGGCAUUGAGGGGAGCAUUUUUGUGAACAGUUCUUAUGUUGUGCUAAAGAAAUACAAUGCGAGUUCUCAUGUUGUGCAAAACUAUAUAUAUAGGCCUCUUUUUAAAAAGAUGCCCAAUGCUUCUCAGGGCAUUGAGAAAAUAAUUUCUUUGGGCAGUUUGUACAUUGAGCAGGGACACGGCAGUUCUGUGAAAACACACAAAGAAAAGCCUUUUGAAAGGCCUAGAUGGGACACAUCUUAUUUUUUGCUUCUGCAAUUUAACUUUUUUUUAAUAUUUACAUCAUUUGAUGCAAUUUAGAUGGAGGUCACAGCCUGCUCUAAGCCCCGUCCACAGAUCAGUGGCCCCACUCAUACUACUGGAUUGGCUCGGCCAAACACAUCCGCAAGCCUAGUGUUUCCCUUUCGCGACAUCCGAUGCAUCUAGUCUGGCGUCCGACACCGCCUGCUUAUCGUGCGAGCAGACGCGCGGCACCCUUUGGCAUUGUUUGCUAUUCCAGCACUGUUUAUCGUCAUCUGCAAAACCCAUAAAAUGUGUGGCCAUGAAA